AUCUUAUUCCGACGAAUUUAGAAUAAUAAAGGUAGUUUCUGGAUAUACAAAUUUUGAAUUUUGUGAUUAUUUCUGGAUAUAAAACCAUAUCUAUUAUAAACUGGAGAAUGUUUUUUUAAACCAGUUAUAAACUAUAAACUGAAAACUGAACGAUAUGGAUGAAGUUCAAGAAUUAAGGGAGAUUGAUAGAUUAAUUAUAGAACAGAAGCUGGAACCAGAGGAUCCUGAUGAUUUGGAAUAUACAGAGUUUAUUGACGAUGGUGACAACGAAAGCGAUGAGUCCGAUGAAGAUUAUGAAAUACCUGACUAUCAAAAAUCAGACAUAUCGAAAUUCGGCACGUACAAGCCCGUAUCUAUAUUAUCUGAAAAUGAGAAAAAGCUAAUCGAUAUGUGCAAAGAUCAAGAUCUGAAAGAAAUGUUACUGUUGAAUCGCCAAAAGAAUUUUCAACUGAUCCAGCUAUUUAAGAACAUUAAAGAUCAGUUGAUAGAAUGCCAAGAGAGCAUAACUGAAAAAGAGAAGCUUGUUAAAGAGCUCAAAUGUGCAAAAAGAGUAUCGAAUAAGAUUUGGAGGAUAGGCAGACCAUAUUUUAAAACAGUUGAUAAUUAUUACUGCCCUCGAAAUCAGGAUGUAGUUCUAAAAGAUAAAAGAGGUGAAAUAUUGUAUUACGAUAUGACAACAAGCCACAAAUGGUUUAAGUAUGAAAUAAAGAGAUUAAAUGCAGGUGUUGCAUUUCAUUACAAAAUGCGAAGAUUAGACGAAUUGCAUCAAACUAUUCAAGAAAAGGAAAAAAUUAUGAUUUCAUCUGGUCAAGCAAUAGAUUCAAAAGAAAUUUCUGAAUUAAAAAAUAUGAUUCAAAUUAUCUCAAAUGAUAAUGAAGUAGUAUAUCCGCCUUUAAAUUAUAAUGAUGCUUUCGAAUGGAGUAGGAUUGCAACUAAUUUCUUAAAUGAUAAGUUCACCCCAGAGGACUGUGAAAUAUUUUGGAAUAUUUAUUUACACCCAAAUGCAAAUAAAGACCUUUGGACUAAAGAGGAAAAUGAUAAACUCAGUUCUCUAGUAGAUAAGUAUAAGUCUCAAAAUUGGGAUCUUAUUGCCCAAGAACUGGGUAAUAAUAGAACAGCAUUUAUCGCUCUUAUGCAUUAUUUUAGGAAUAUUGUAAUACCGAAAGGUGGUCGCUUUACGCCAGCCGAAGAUAAAUUGCUCCUCGAUUUGGUUAAUGUGUUUAGACAAGGAAAUUACACACCAUGGCAUAGGGUGGCGUAUCACUUUGGAGGUCGAACAAAAUGCCAGCUGUUUAAUAGGUACAGGUAUUUUCUCAGCUGUCAAGAAGGCAUUCUUAGGGGAAAAUUUACGAUAGCGGAAGAUAUUUUAAUGAUGGUUUUGGUAGACAGAUUUGGCAGAAGGUUUUCAGAAUGGAAAACAUAUUUUCCGAAUAGGUCCCAUGUACAGAUCAAGGCUAGAUAUACAUCAAAUGUAGAUAAAGCUCUAAAAAAAGGUUCAUUUACUCUGGAUGAAGAUAAAAAAAUAUUGAAACACGUGGAAGAGUACGGCACUAAUAAAUGGGCACUUCUAGUGAAAAUGUUCAUUUACUCUGGAUGA